UUCAGAUCUCCAGAUAUAGGCUGUCCAUACAAACUUUGCACUCGUCACUUUGAUUUAUUUUGAGAUAAAUAAAAAUUAUUACACACUGUAUCUAGUCCCAUUUUUCUUCAACUUAGUCAAAGUCAGAACUCAGUUUAACUCCUGGUACAUUUCAUGGUCAUUCCUUGUUAUUUAUGGCAACUACCCCAAAGGUAAUACAAAAUCAUGACCAGUUCUAGCGAUAGUAGGAGCAACUCUGACAAUGAACAGUUAGAAGUCGCAUCACAUUACAAACAAGGACCUCAUGAUCCAAAGAAGGCCCUUUGCAAGAAGUUAAAGAAAUCAGUCCGAUCUUUAACAGAUGAAGAAUAUGACGAGAUAUUCAAUUCUGUUAUAAGACAUGCUGUAGAGAGAAAUGGAGGUGAAGAAGCUGAAAUAGACAAUGAUGACCAACGUAAUGGGGAUGAAGAAAGAGUUCAUCAGGAAAAUCCAUGUGUUAAUUUUUGUUCAGUUAUACAACAAAGAAAUGAGGUCACACCUGAAGCUUCUGAUGAAGAAACAGACAAUGAUUCUAGCUCCGCUCCACCCCCAGUAAAGAAAAAAAAUAUGAUCACCAAUAAACGAUCUGCACUUGGUCCAAAACAACUCACUUUUGUACCUCCAAAUGUCACUAGUGAUACAGCUUCCUCUUGUAAAGACAUACCUGAAAAGAAACAAAACAGUGAACAAGAUCCUAUAGUAAAAAAACUGUCAUCCAAGGAAAGCUUUAUUGCUUUACAAAAUAAACGAAUACAGGAUGCUGAUGGAACAUGGGUUCAGUGUACAAACUCAAUGUGUUCCAAAUGGAGAUAUCUACCAGAAGUGAAGGAACCUUACCUGGUGCCACAUGACUGGGUAUGUUCCAUGAAUACAGAUACUAAGAAAAACAGUUGUUCUAUACCAGAAGUGGACUACUCCAACCUGGACUUUGUCUUCACAAAGUUUACUGUAGGAUCAAUUGUAUGGGCUAGAGUUGAUGGUUAUCCUUGGUGGCCAGCCAUGGUUGAAGAUGACCCUGAUGUAGAAUCUUUCUUCUGGACAAAUGGUUUUUCAGAUGUGCCAACAGCUUACCAUGUAGUUUUUCUUGAUGAACUUAUCACUCGGGCUUGGGUUGGGAUACACUCUAUUCGUCCGUUUACCACUGACCAGGAAAUUCAAGAAGUACACAGGAAAUACCGCAAGAGAAAAUACGAAAACCAGAUUCGAGAAGCAAAAACACGAGCCAUCAAAGCUUUGCAAAUGACUAUUGAAGAAAGACUGAAAACUUUCAGUUUUGCAUACAGAUACAAAGGACCUUGGUCAAAAUCCAAAACUGAAGACACACAUUACCUAGAUAAAAAGAAAGACAGGACAAGUAAGGUAAAAGAACAUGAACUGGACUUAUCAAAAAGUGAGUUAUUGGAUACUCCAAUGAAUGAUGCUGAAGCUGCAAGUUUGUUUGAAGAAUUAGAUGAAGUUGUUUCAAUAGAUUCUUUGGAUAUUUUUGAUACCAUAGAGAGUGAUUCUGAACAAAAAGAAAAUUACGUUCCAACUAAAAACAAGAAUGAAUUUGAUACAACUGAGGUUGAGGAAAUAGACCUUACAGAAACCAAGUUUCAUAAAGAAUUUGGAGGUGGAGAUGCAGCUGUAUCACUAAAUGCAAUAGCAAAAAGUUCCAACAAUUUAAAGAAAACAAAACAGGGGUCUGUGACCCCUCAUAAAAGAGAUAGUAACAUCAACAUAAAAAAAACAAUAAAAAAUAAUGACACUGAAAAGAAAUUUUCAAGAGAAAGGAAGAAAAAACUGGAAAACAAAGAGAACUUACAAGAGAGUAAAAUGUCCAAUAAUUCCAACCAUUUAACUUUGACGAAAAGACAUCAAAAGAUGGACAGUGUUGAAGAUGACAGUAAAAAUGUUGGAAAGAACAAACAUGUCUUCAAACCACCCACACGAUCUGCUCAAAGUACAGAUCAUGUUGUUGUGCAGAAGAAAAAAUCAGAUAAGAAGAAAGAAGGUAAUAACACUCCUAAGAAAGAUUUUCAGUGCAAUAAUACAUUAAAAGAAAAUAUGAAACCAAGAAAAGAGCUGUUUGGAUCACCAACUGGAAGCAGAACAAGUAGUUUUGGUGUAACUGUUGAUUCCGAAACUUCUGAGCUUAAAAAUACAGACAGUCAGGAUUCAAGUCCAUUUGAAUUGGAAGAAGAAUGAAUUGUGGAUAUGGAAAACAAAAUAAUGUAAGCUAUACUUCAUGUUAUUGUGUAGAUGGGAUCUUAUUUUGCAAUUACUUUUAAUUAUCUGAAUAUAUUUUAUUGUUUUGUUUAAGGUAUU